AUGUCUACCGCAAAAAGCACCUCAGUCUUCAACGAAGGAUACGGAGACACCGACUCUAUCUUAGCCCCAGCCAACCAACAAAACGGAGGCAAGCGCGCCUCAUUCAACACAUCCCCACCUUUGCCCGAAGCUCGUGACCGCAGCGACAGCCCCGAAGGCAUUCAAGACACCGACGACAUGGACUCCUCCGACGCUGAGUUUAGCCUACCCUCGCUCCACGCCUCCAACUACCCAGACGGCAAGAUGUCAUUGGCAGGGAUUUCACUGCGCGCAAUGCUCCUUGGAACUUCACUUGGCCUGACAUUUAGUCUAGCAUUACUCCUGAGCACCGUAUACCCGACACCCUUCUGGCGCGUGCCGUUCUUUGUCGCCUCAUUGAGCCUGUUCCAUUUUCUGGAAUUUUACGUGACGGCACAGUAUAACACGCGGUAUGCAACGGUUUCUGCAUUCCUGCUCUCGUCAAAUGGGUGGGCGUAUAAUGUUGCGCAUGGAUCUGCGAUCGUCGAGUGCAUUGUGUCGCAUUAUUUCUUCCCCGGGCAGACAUCGUUCGGUCAACUGGUUACUGUGACCGAACCAGUAUUUGGCAGCGAGGUGUCACUGCUGCUUGUUGUCGGCUUUGUGCUGUUGGUCGUUGGGCAGAUCGUUCGGACCAUUGCUAUGGCGACUGCUGCUAGUAACUUCAAUCACCAUGUUCAGAGUCAGCACCAGGAGGGCCACGUCUUGGUCAAAAGUGGUCUUUAUGGCUACUUGCGGCACCCGAGUUACUUUGGCUUCUUCUGGUGGGGACUUGGAACCCAGCUGGUUCUGGGAAAUGUGGUAUGCUUUGUUGGGUAUGCACUGGUGCUGUGGCGGUUCUUCUCGAGCAGAAUCAAGCGUGAGUUGUCUGCGUUUCCCGAUGGCGUCCCUUGCUAA